CGUGUCCCUCCCGCGCGCUGCGCGGUGACGUCAGCGCGGCGGCGCGGCGGCGGCCGCAGCUCCCCCGGCAAGAUGGCGUCGCUGCUGCAGUCGGAGCGGGUGCUGUACCUGGUGCGCGGCGAGAAGGAGCUGCGGGCGCCGCUGCCGCUGCUCUACUUCUGCCGCUACUGCAGCGAGCUCCGCUCCCUCGAGUGCGUCUCGCACGAGGUGGACUCGCACUACUGCCCCAGCUGCCUGGAAAACAUGCCCUCGGCCGAAGCCAAGCUGAAGAAGAACAGGUGUGCCAACUGCUUUGACUGCCCCUGCUGCAUGCACACCCUUUCUACCCGGGCCACCAGUAUUCCUGCUCCGCUCCCCGAUGACCCGGCCAAAACUACGAUGAAGAAAGCCUAUUACCUGGCCUGCGGGUUUUGCCGCUGGACUUCCCGGGAUGUGGGCAUGGCAGAUAAGUCUGUUGCUAGUGGCGGCUGGCAGGAACCAGAGAAUCCCCACACGCAGAGGAUUAACAAGCUGGUGGAGUACUACCAGCAGCUGGCUCAGAAGGAGAAGAUCGAGCGGGACCGCAAGAAGCUGGUGCGACGCCGAAACUACAUGCCGCUGGCCUUCUCGCAACACACUAUACACGUAGUGGACAAAUACGGCCUGGGAACCAGGCUUCAACGCCAGAGGCCCGGCGCCCCGAUCAGUGCUCUCGCUGGACUCUCUCUGAAAGAAGGCGAAGACCAAAAGGAGAUCAAGAUUGAGCCAGCUGAUGCAGUGGAAGAAGUGGAACCUCUUCCUGAGGAUUACUACACCAGACCAAUCAACCUGACAGAGGUGACGACCCUGCAUCAGCGUUUGCUGCAGCCCGAUUUCCAGCCGAUCUGUGCUUCCCAGCUCUACCCACGACACAAGCAUCUCCUGAUCAAACGCUCGCUGCGCUGCCGGAAAUGUGAGCAUAACCUGAGCAAACCAGAGUUCAAUCCAACAUCUAUCAAGUUCAAGAUCCAGCUGGUUGCUGUGAACUAUAUCCCUGAAGUGAGGAUCAUGUCCAUUCCCAACCUGCGCUACAUGAAGGAAAGCCAAGUUCUUCUGACUUUGACCAAUCCGGUGGAGAACAUCACACACGUCACACUGCUGGAGUGUGAGGAGGGAGACCCUGACAACAUCAACAGCACUGCCAAGGUGGCAGUUCCUCCCAAGGAGCUAAUUCUGGCUGGCAAAGAUGCUGCAGCAGAGUAUGAUGAGCUGGCAGAGCCUCAAGACUUCCAGGAUGACCCUGACAUUAUUGCCUUCAGAAAAGCCAAUAAGGUAGGAGUUUUCAUCAAGGUCACCCCACAGAAAGAGGAGGGCGAAGUGACCGUGAGCUUUAAGAUGAAGCACGAGUUCAAAAACCUGGCUGCUCCCAUCCGGCCCAGCGAGGAAGGCGACCAAAUCUCCGAGGUCAUCUGGCUCACCCACCACGUCGAGCUCAGCCUCGGCCCAGUGCUCCCCUAAAAGCUCCUGAAUUGUGUCCCAGUGGCUGGCCGCAGGACGGACUGUCGGUGAACGAGUGCGCCCUGGUGAAACCUUCUGUCAGCUCCUCUGCUGUGUGGGUGUGCGCCACGCACCCCAGCCAGGCCACGAGGAGGAGGCUGCGGGGUGGGGGUGCUGUGCUUCGGGAUGGUUUGUUCUCCUCUUAUCGUAGUGCCCACUAACGCUCUGCUUCCCUACACUGCCACAGGCUAGUUUAACUUGCAGCACGUGUGUCAGCACGCAGAUCGAGCUAGCUUUCUCCAGGUUUGCACUACUCCUGGCUGAAUUUGGCUGUGUCAACAAAAAAAAAGAACCCGUAUUGGUUUUUCUUCAUGUCAGCCUGCAAACCUAAUGUUACGUACCUGAUAGUGAAUGUCUCAUCUCACACAGAGUUACGCCCUUCUCGAACAAGUAUUUUAGGAGGUGGCAAGGUCUGCUGCGUUCUGGCAGGUCUGUUGCCAGCAGCAUGCUGCUUUCUUCUCUUUUUUCUGCUUCCUUGUAGGAUACCUCAAGUAACCGUGGAGCACUCGGACACGAAACCCUUUUAUUUUCGUGAAAAGCCCCUGGCACAUGUAGCUUCCUUAGCCGGGGUGCUGCGUCUUUUCACAAAGGAGAUGGUCGGUUUGCCCUUAAACUCCCAGUGUAGUGUACUGUAGUGUUCGUGGAUUUGAGUGGUGACCAACUGCGCUGUGAGCCCGUUGUGUUGCGAGCUGGCUGUGGUAGCAUGAUAGAUAAUUACUGAGCUGGGAAAGCAGAUCCUGCUGCCUUGCUUUGCGGAGGCAGCAGCGGUCCUGAGAGGCUGCCUGGCAGUCUUGGUAUUACUAGAUGUGUGUUAAAAGAUAGCAAGUGAAGAGUACUUAAACGUGGAGAGUUCAAGUUAGGUCCAGGAUACAAAAAGGAGCUGCAGAGGUUGGCCAGGUUGGUGCUUUGUCUUUUUUUCCAGUUGUGGGAGGGGGAAGUGAAGGAGGAAGGAGCAUUGUGCUAGGAGCGUUGUGGUGUCCCUGGUGCACCCUGUACCCGUGGGGACAGAUCUCUGCGGUGUGACCUGGCCGCAGUCCCUGCUGCGAGCAGUGAUCACGGGCAGGGCCUCCAGGAGCAGAUCCCUCCUCAGGAGCCUCCUUCUCACUCCCAGCUGAGCUCUUUGCCUCAAGGCCUUGCUGUGGUGGUGGUGGUGGGCGCCAGGCCCCCUGGCAGCCCCCUGCAGCUCAAUUCCUCAAAAGACGCUCAUGUGGGGCUCUGCCAGCCAGGAGCUCCUGCCUGUACCCACACUAAUUAACCACUGCCCCCAAAACACCCCAAAAUUGCCUCCUGGGGCUGUGUGGGGGCUGUGUGUCCGUCUGUCUGUCCCUGUGUCAGUGCCCCCCCUGCCCUCCUGCUUGACUGCUGUAGUAAUAAAGCCGCCUGCCUCUCGGCCUCCCGUGCUGUCCGUCGCAAAUAACACUAAUUAUCGUUAAAAUAAAGGAAUAAAUGCAUAAAAAUGGCA